GGCAGGUGACAGCCGCGGGGCUCGGAGCGGCUGGCUGCACAGACGCACCGGGUUAGGGUGAGGAGGAGGCCGCGGACAUUUUGCUGCCGAACCGAAUCGAGUCGUGGCGCCGGGAGCCGUUUGGACCUGGGGAGUGUGGCCACAGAUAAGGGACCAAAAUGACUGACUCAAAAUACUUCACCACGACCAAGAAAGGGGAGAUCUUCGAACUGAAGGCAGAGCUCAACAGUGACAAGAAGGAGAAGAAGAAGGAGGCGGUAAAGAAAGUGAUCGCAUCGAUGACUGUGGGCAAAGAUGUCAGUGCCCUCUUCCCCGAUGUGGUGAACUGCAUGCAAACUGACAACCUAGAGCUGAAGAAACUGGUGUACCUGUACUUGAUGAAUUAUGCCAAGAGUCAGCCUGACAUGGCCAUUAUGGCCGUCAACACCUUUGUGAAGGACUGUGAGGACCCCAAUCCUCUCAUCCGGGCCCUGGCUGUGCGGACCAUGGGCUGCAUUCGCGUUGACAAGAUCACUGAGUACCUGUGUGAGCCACUCCGGAAGUGCCUGAAGGAUGAGGAUCCGUAUGUGCGCAAGACGGCAGCUGUGUGUGUAGCCAAGCUCCAUGACAUCAACGCCCAACUGGUGGAGGACCAAGGCUUCCUGGACACCCUUAAAGACCUCAUCUCUGACUCUAAUCCCAUGGUGGUGGCAAAUGCUGUGGCUGCCCUCUCAGAAAUCGCCGAGUCUCACCCCAGCAGCAACCUGCUCGACCUGAACCCACAGUCCAUUAACAAGCUGCUGACAGCCCUGAAUGAGUGCACUGAGUGGGGCCAGAUUUUCAUUCUGGACUGCCUGGCCAACUAUACACCGAAGGAUGACCGUGAGGCCCAGAGCAUCUGUGAGCGGGUCACACCCAGGCUCUCCCAUGCCAACUCUGCUGUGGUGCUGUCUGCUGUGAAGGUGCUCAUGAAGUUCAUGGAGAUGUUGUCCAAGGACCUAGACUAUUAUGGCACGCUGCUCAAGAAGCUGGCCCCACCCCUGGUCACACUUCUGUCAGCUGAGCCAGAGCUGCAGUACGUGGCACUGCGCAACAUCAACCUUAUCGUGCAGAAAAGGCCUGAGAUCCUGAAGCAUGAGAUGAAGGUCUUCUUCGUAAAAUACAAUGACCCUAUCUACGUGAAGUUGGAGAAGCUGGAUAUCAUGAUCCGCCUGGCCUCCCAGGCCAACAUUGCUCAGGUACUGGCAGAACUGAAAGAGUACGCGACAGAAGUGGAUGUGGAUUUUGUACGGAAGGCUGUACGUGCCAUUGGCCGCUGUGCCAUCAAGGUGGAGCAAUCUGCGGAGCGUUGUGUGAGUACGCUGCUUGAUCUCAUCCAGACAAAGGUCAACUAUGUGGUCCAGGAAGCCAUUGUGGUCAUUAAGGACAUCUUCCGCAAGUACCCCAACAAGUAUGAAAGCGUAAUUGCCACGCUGUGCGAGAACCUGGACUCCCUGGAUGAGCCCGAGGCCCGGGCAGCCAUGAUCUGGAUUGUAGGAGAGUAUGCUGAGCGGAUUGACAAUGCGGAUGAGCUCCUGGAGAGUUUCCUCGAGGGCUUCCAUGAUGAGAGCACCCAGGUCCAGCUGCAGCUGCUGACAGCCAUCGUAAAGCUCUUUCUUAAGAAGCCAACAGAGACCCAGGAGCUGGUACAACAGGUCCUCAGUUUGGCCACUCAGGACUCAGAUAACCCGGACCUGCGGGACCGUGGCUACAUCUAUUGGCGCCUGCUCUCCACGGACCCAGUGGCUGCCAAGGAGGUGGUUUUGGCGGAGAAGCCACUCAUCUCUGAGGAGACGGACCUCAUCGAGCCCACGCUGCUGGACGAGCUCAUCUGCUACAUUGGCACGCUGGCCUCCGUCUAUCAUAAGCCGCCCAGCGCCUUUGUGGAGGGGGGCCGGGGCGUGGUGCACAAGAGCCUGCCACCUCGCACCGCCUCGAGCGAGAGCACAGAGAGCCCUGAGACAGCUCCUGCUGGAGCCCCAGCUGCUGAGCAGCCAGAUGUUAUCCCCGCCCAGGGUGACCUGCUAGGUGAUCUUCUCAACCUGGACCUUGGUCCCCCAGUGAGUGGCCCACCCUUGGUCACCUCCUCAGUGCAGAUGGGAGCCGUGGAUCUUCUCGGUGGUGGCCUUGACAGUCUGAUGGGGGAUGAGCCUGAAGGGAUUGGGGACCCUAGCUUUGGGGCACCCCCAGCAGCAGCAGUACCAGCCAGACUAGGAGCACCUAUCAGCAGUGGCCUUAGUGACCUCUUUGACUUGACCAGUGGUGUGGGCACCUUGUCAGGAUCAUACGUGGCCCCCAAAGCAGUCUGGCUCCCAGCCAUGAAGGCCAAGGGGCUGGAAAUCUCAGGCACCUUCACCCGCCAGGUGGGCUCCAUCUCCAUGGACCUGCAACUGACCAACAAGGCCCUGCAGGUCAUGACAGACUUUGCCAUCCAGUUCAACCGCAACAGCUUUGGCCUGGCCCCCGCCGCCCCCCUCCAGGUGCAUGCGCCGCUCAGCCCUAACCAGACGGUGGAGAUCUCCCUGCCUCUUAACACAGUGGGCUCAGUCAUGAAGAUGGAGCCUCUGAACAACCUCCAGGUGGCUGUGAAAAACAACAUUGACGUCUUCUACUUCAGCACCUUGUACCCGCUGCACAUCCUUUUUGUGGAGGAUGGGAAAAUGGAUCGGCAAAUGUUCCUGGCCACAUGGAAAGAUAUUCCCAAUGAGAAUGAAGCCCAGUUCCAGAUCAGAGACUGUGCACUCAAUGCAGAGGCUGUGAGCAGCAAGCUACAGAGCAGCAACAUCUUCACCAUUGCCAAGAGGAAUGUGGAGGGCCAGGACAUGCUCUACCAGUCCCUGAAACUGACCAACGGCAUCUGGGUCCUGGCAGAGCUCCGGAUCCAGCCAGGCAACCCCAGCUUCAUGGUGGCCUUGGCACUGUGGUGGGAGAGGGGUGCAGUGGUGGCUCCGGUGGUGGUAAUUUCCGUCUCCCUGUGUUUGAUUGCUGCAUGUCCACCUUCCCUGCUGGCGCCCGUGGUGCAGGACUUGGAGCUGUCCCUGAAGUGUCGAGCACCAGAGGUGUCCCAGCACGUGUACCAGGCCUACGAGACCAUCCUCAAGAACUGAGGCCAUCCAGCCUCCCCAGCCUUCUGCCAGCCCUGUCGAGGAGCCGCUGGGGGUAGCAGCACCUCCUCCUCGUGGGAGGGAUGGGGCAGGGUUCUUGGCCACCCAGGGACCACCAGGUCCUUGGGGGGCAAGAUCUCAGUGCACACUGUGCUCUGGUCACUCCUCUUCCAUUGCUGCUCACGUCUGUGGUCGGAUGAGGGGAGUGAAGGGAACAGCCGAGUGGCAAUAAAAGUUGAUGCAAGGCUGCAGGGUCCCCUUCCUCCACCUGUGCCUGGGCGUGAGUGUGGGGCUCCCUCCUUGGGCUCGCAGCUGGGCAGUCCCUGCGGACUCGGGUGUUAGAGGCCUUCCCACUGCUGCCUUGGGUUGGGUGGGCCCUGGCAGCCUGUCCUGGGUGUGUGGGGAAGGUCCCCUGAAAAGCUCCUCUAUCAGGAUCUGGGGCUCCGGGGUUCAUGGCUGUGACAGAGGGGCAGAGCUGAGCUGAGAUGAGCUCUGGGCCUGCACCACCCACCCAUGUCCAGCAGUUGGUCCCUGCGACUGCCCGCAUGGUCAAGACCAGCAGAAGCCCCCAGAGCCCCUGCCUGGGCUCCUGCUCCCCCAGCAGCCACGUUGCCCCCCACCCUUGAGGACGGUUGCUGCCUCAGAUACAUUCCUUGGCAUCCUCUUGGGAGCCCAGGGCAGGGCAGAGACAGGACUGAGGGAUGGGCUGCAGGCCAGCGGUGAGCUUCCUGCCUGGGUUCCUGCCGGGCUUCUCCAGCAUCAGCUGCCCUCUCCCCGGCUCCCCCGAGUCUCAACGUCUGACGGCGCUAGGUUCCCCUGUCUCUGCUGUUUGAUAAUAAAGAGAUUCUGCUUUUGGCA